UGAGUGUCAGGGGAUCCGGACUCCGGCCAGGGGCUGGUCGGGGGCGAGCGCAGCGCCUCUCGAGCAGGGAUCGCCUCCGAGAGCUCGGGCCUGGAGGGGCGGGGCGUCCUGGACACCCGGGAUUGGCGUGGCCGGGAGCCUUCUCCCGUCGUGCACCGGGGCCCCGGCCACUCACCCGGAAGGAGAAGCCAAGACUCUGGCUAUAUGGUGCGGCGCGGGCGGUGUCGCUCUGGGGCGUGUGUGCUGCUCUCAGGAGCCAGCCUGGAUCAUUUGUUGGCAGUACAUAUUGGCUGAAGUCAGUUUUCAUUUCAAGAUGUUUUCUUCCAAUGGGCUUUGGGUGUAGGAUGUUGGAAAACCAAGAGCUGGAGGAGGUGAUCACUGUGCGUGUUCAGGACCCCCGCGUGCAGAAUGAGGGCUCCUGGAAUUCUUACGUGGAUUAUAAGAUCUUUCUCCACACCAACAGCAAGGCCUUCACUGCCAAAACGUCCUGUGUGCGUCGCCGCUACCGUGAGUUCGUGUGGCUGAGAAAGCAGCUCCAGAGAAAUGCUGGUUUGGUGCCUGUACCUGAACUUCCUGGGAAGUCAACCUUCUUUGGCAGCUCUGAUGAGUUCAUUGAGAAGCGGCGACAAGGUCUGCAGCACUUUCUGGAAAAGGUCCUGCAGAGUGUGGUCCUCCUCUCAGACAGCCAGUUACACCUCUUCCUACAAAGCCAGCUCUCGGUGCCCGAGAUAGAAGCCUGCGUCCAGGGCCGAAGCCCCAUGACCGUGUCUGACGCCAUUCUCCGCUACGCUAUGUCCAACUGUGGCUGGGUCCAGGAGGAGAGGCAGGGCUCCUCUCACCUGGCUAAAGGAGACCAGCCAAAGAGUUGCUGCUUUCUUCCAAGAUCCGGCAGGAGGAGCUCUCCCUCACCACCUCCCAGGGAGGAAAAGGACCAUUUCGAGGUGUGGGCUCCCGUUGUUGACUCUGAAGCUCCUUCCUUGGAAGGCCCCCCUCUCCUUCCCUCCCCUUUGCCAUCAUGCUGUGAUUUUGCAAGACCUGACGAGGACGCCUCUGCUCCUCAGCCUGUGAGGAGGGCCGUGGGAGGGGACCGUGCCGUGCCUUUGGACCCUGGGCAGUUAGAAACGGUUUUAGAAAAAUGAGCUCUGGGCCGAGCGCGGGGUUCUGCUCCGAGGCAGCAGAGAAGAUGCCGGCAAGGAGACUUGCUGGGGUGGGAAAGGGGCACAGGGUAGGUGUUGGGGAGUCUGGGCCACUUACUGUCCUAUGGUCACCUCUGCUCAGGUUGGUGGCACAGAAGUCGGUCACCACAACUCCUCAGGCUUCGUCCAUGGGAUUAAACACUGGACGGUUUUAAGUUAGGCAUAAGGCCCACCAUGGGCUGUUGGUUUUGCACAGAAAUAUGUGGUGUGUUUACUCUCCUGGGAGCUGAGUUGCUUUAGAUGUUGUUAAUGGGCGCGGGAGCAUUGCCUCAGGUUGACUGGUUUGGGGGGACCUGCCAGUGACCGCUUUUAAGCUGUCCUGUUGAAUACUGACCCGAUGGAAAUGGUUGUGUAGUCGUAUUCCCACUGGCGGGCUUCUUGCUGCGGCCCUUAGAGCACUUUGUUUCCGGGAGGCUGGCCUCUUGCCUCCCUCCUUUCGUGGCCAGGGUGGUGAGUGUUUGUUCUCCCACCUUCUUAAUUCCUUCUCCUUCUUGAACACCACUGACCCCACCGGUGCUGUGACUCCCGUGCCUGGGGGUUCCCGCCUCUCCCCAGCCCUCAGCCUGGCUGUGAGGGGCCCUCGCUCAAGGCCGGCCCUGGAAGAGACCCCUGGAAGCCAGAGGAAAGGCAGCAGUUUCAGAGGCUUUGUUUGAGAAAAGGCUGUCCCAGGCUGUCACCUUCUCCUCUGGCUGUAAAGCCCAGAUGUGACAAUCUUUUCUGCAGGGCUGGCAUGGGCUCCUUUCUUUUUUGAAUCCUUCUCUUCUCCCUUAGUAACAGUCCCCUGCCCCCAGGGCUUCAGCUCCCACAGUGUCCCUCUGCUGUGUGGCAGGGAGGCCGUCUGUUCAGUCCAAUGGGGCGCAAGGGCUUUGUUUGUGCCUGGAGAGAGGGCUCUGGGGAUGGAGAUGAGGAACGACGCGCCUUCAGACAAUGAGGCAUUCUGCCCUCCCGCUGCCAUAAUUCCUCUCCACGGAGAGCCCGAGCGGGUAGGAGAGGAGCGCCGGCGGCGCCCUGCCUGCUCAGCGCUCCGCUCUCGCGCCCCCCCUGCUCCGGCCGCCCCCCCACCCCCUGCCUUCCCUCCUCCCCCGGCCGUGGGCUCUUCCUCUCCCGGCCUCUGCUGGGGUGAGGGGGCUGCCAGGGUGUUGCGAUCGGAGUCGAGGGGCUUUGGCCUGAAAUAAAAUCCAAGUAUUUAA